CAAGGGAAAGUGAGCCGAGGGGAAGAGCAAACGGCCGAGGAAAAGGAGAGAAAAGGGAGGAAAAGGAGAGAAGGAGGAGGAAAGAGAAGAAAGCACAAAGGGAAGAGAAGGUAGAUAACGGCGUGGAUGAGGAGGACUGGACACAGGAGCAGCCAGUUACAUUUUGACUCAUGCCUCAAAUGAGAGAAGGUUGUCUGGUGCAAAGGGCAGAGAAGAGCGAGACCUCAUCUCAUGACAUACAGAAGACUAAAGAUAUCAUGAGGAAAGUGGAAAUGAUCAGACGGAAAAAAAUGUUUCAGCAAAAGGUCACUCCAGUCAUUGGCAUGAGUAAUGUAUUCGAAGCCAAGCUGCGAUUGCUGCGGAAGAACAACAGGAGUUUGGCUAAAGCAUUGUCAGAGCAGAAGAUGGCAGCAAACCAUUGGUACACAGAGACCAUUACAUUGAGAGGUGAGCUUCAAGAGGCACAUGAAAAACUGCUGAGGAUGCCGUACAGCAACACCAACAUAGAACAAGUGUUUGUGGAGGCAGAAAAGCAGAUCAAGGAAUGCUACAAGGCAAUAGACAAAGAUUUCAGCAUGGCCCUGGAGAGAAUUGUGGAUGCUGUGGAAAAAUUGACUAAGGCCAAGCAUCUAGUUGGGAACACCCUGAACAUCUUGCAGUUUCCUUCUCAAUCUCCAGUCAAUAUUUUCUCUCGCUUGUCAGGCUCUAGAACUCCAUUAGGAACCAGUGGAGUUGGUCCGCCGCUUCAAAGGGCUGUCCUGCCUAUGGUCAGCGGACAUGUUCUGCAGCCGGUUAUGGUUCCUCUUCCAAAGUUGAAAAUCACAUCAAGUGAUAGAAGAAACAACUGCUUCCUUGUUAAUGACGAGAAUGAUCCUGGCAUAUCAACAAUUGAAGAGGGCUCCCCAACUGUGAACAGUGACAUGAGUGAAGAGCAACUGUUCCAAGAUGACAGUGAAGAACAUCAACCUGAGACCAACAUGGAAUCACCAACAGAUAAUAAUAUCCUUGAAGCUCAGUCUGAGUCUGGGCUUGAUAGCGUUGACUUGGGAGUGAGGCUUGAGAGGGUCACUGGGAGAUCUAGGACAAGGAGCAAAGCAGAGGCAUCACCUAAUCUACAGGCUACAACAAGUUUUAGGAGGCAAGGAAUUUCAAGAAGAGGAACUGGAAGGAGAGGAGGGAGAAAGGAAGACUCCAGGAUAUCAAAGUUGUCUCUUUACGAAGACUUGCCAUGUUUGACUGGAGAAAAUGAGGUCCUUGCACCUUCACCAGAGGAGGAGGAUCCUCUCGAGGGCCCAAGCUGGCUGCACGCCACGGGAAACACACGGGGGGCCUUGAGGGGUCGUUACCGGGGUCGGAGGAAGAGGAGUAGCAGUCGGAAAGAUGGCAAAAAAACUGAUGAUGCUUCCACAAUUGAUUCAUCAGAUCAAGUUGAGGACACAAGUAUAGGCAUUUCAGAAAUGUUCAGACAAACUGCAGCGCAGGAGCCAAGCCCAAGGAGAGAAGCUGCCUCAACAACCACAUCACCCACAGAGACUCAAUCACAGUCACUUGACCAUAGUUGCCUUGAUUCACAUGCCUCUCUGCUUGCCAGGCUGGAACUUUUAGAGGCUAAGGGUGGGCGGAAAUCUAGAAGGCUUUUAAAAAGUAAAUUGAGUACUGCUGCAUUAGAAUCAGAGUUACGGGAUCCUGCCUCUGAUAUCAGAACACAGGAAAAUGAACAACUUGUUAUAGGUAGCCCUAAAAAGAUGGUCCCAGUCUCAAGCACAAAGGGUCCAGGAGUGAGUUUGACAGUAGAGAACAAAGAUGGACCGUGCAAAAAUUCACCUGCAUUGAUCAGUGAAAGUAUAGAGACACGAAGACCUGGUGAUAUAACUUGUCAGCUUGUCACCAACAUGGAUAUAACUCAGCCAGUUUCAGAUAUAAUAAUUCAACAAGAUAUAGCACCCACAGUAGAUGAUACAGAAGGCUCACAAGAUGAAUGUAAGCCUACUCAGUCAAAAAAGAAAUUCUUCAAAACAAAAGAGCAGGAAUCAAUUGAUGAAAUUCCAAAAGUGGUAGAGAGGACUCCUUUUGACUUGUCAAUGCUAAAUGAAACUGUGGUCAACAUGCCACCAUUUUCAUUAAUGAGGACCACUGAGAAAGAAAAUUUGCAGCCCCUGUCCUCUGGGGGCAGUGAUGAGGCUGUCACCCUGUGUGAUGUGUCUGUCGUUCUGAAAGAUGUCAUAAAGGAGUCUGUGAGUGCAGAUGCACCAAGAAGGUCAAUUAGGAUGACCCAGAAGGGGAGUCACUCACCCAAAAGCACACCAUUGAAUUUCCCAGAACGGACAAGACGUGCCAGGAGAAUGUUGCAGUACUCAGUAAACUAUAAUGAUGAUGAUGAGAUGAGGAAUGAUGAAUGGGGAGGAGGGAAAAAACAAAAAAAUAAAAAACCACAGUCACCAACUGCAGAAGGGAUGCCAGUUAAACUCAAAGGGCUUAAAAAAAAAUCAGCAAAAUCUCUUAGUAAUGGUCUGAAUGACAUUCACAGUAACGCUGAAGAAGCAGAAGUCACAAAUGCUCGUGUUUUGUCAAACAAAACUGACAACAUGAAGAUUCUUCCUAACUGUUAUGUUAGAAUUCAAAGAUCAAGUAUCAUGGAGACUCCCUCGUUUAGAAUGGAUGAAGAUACAAGCCCAGAAGAUUUGCUGAUUGACCUUAAUGCCUUGCCUGAUCAACAGCAACUGCUCUCUAAGAGUCAGAUAGGAAGAUCAACUGAGAUGAGAGGAACACCAGAUGCUAAUGAUGACAAUGCAGAUGACUGUAUCAGUAGCCCAGUCAGCAGAGACAGAGAUACAACUCAUAUAGAAGAGUAUGAAAAGGAUAAUGAUAUUGGAAAUGGGAUUGAUGAAUCUGAAAUUAAAUUCUACAGUGAUGAUCACAUACAGCAAUAUGAGAAAGAGUCUGGUGACCUGAAGGAGAUACAUGAAGUUGAGGACGCACAACAAGAACAUGAUUAUGAGGAACACAGUGUUCCCGUAAGCCCACCUGAUUCAUCUACAGAUGCUGGCUGCCAAAAAGCUAAUGAAAAGACAGGUACUACAAGCCCCAAAGUAAGUGGCAGCAAAAUGGAAGAUGAGGGAUCUACCAAAAGCAGCACUGGAUUAAAGACAACUUUGGAGAAGGCAGAAGAGUCUCACAUGAAAGACAAUCCCAGAAAGAGGCGGGCUGCCCUGAAAAUCACGUCAUACAAAGAAGACUUCCUCAAUAUAAAAAUGAGACGUGGAGAGAACAACUCCGUCACAGUCAGCAAAUCAGCUUCAAGAAUCAGGGGCAGGAGCAGAGGAAGGGGAAGAAACAAGAGCAGAGGCACAGCAGAAGUAAUUGAAAUUAUUUAAUCAAAUAUUUAAGAAUGGUUAGUUUUUGAAAUGGAAAUCAGUCAUUUAUUUAUUAUUUUAAAGAACCUGAUGAAUUUUCUUAACCUUAAAUUUCAUGCAGUACCCCACUUAGAAGAAAUAUUUAUUUUAUAUGACCUACUUGUUUUUAUAAAUAAAAGAGGGAUUGUUUACUUUUUAUCUGACAAGAAGCAGAAAUGGUAUAAUAAGAGGCUUGGGUGGACUGAGAGUAGGGAAUCCUUCUUCGAUGGUGCAAUUCAGACCAGAUGAGUAAUUUUGACUGACCUGACAUGUGUAAAAAUUUUAGAAGUGAUGGAGGCAAACUACUGACUUCUGUUUUGGCAUGGAGAGCAGCAUUUUAGAGGUACUGAUGAGCUGAUUCGUUAAUUCAUAAUCAGAUGUAAGUGAACAGCAUACUUUAAUUCCAGUGUUUCAGAAGAAAGUUGAGACGUAAUGACAGUGUGUGUUGGAUUAAGAAGAUUAGUGUUUGAUGCUUGUGGUAAUAGUGCCUAGAUCUUUCAUUUUCAUGUACAUAUAUCAUCUUUUUUUAUUUUCACAGUUCAUUAUUAUAGUUUUACACGGUUGUAAGACUAGAGCAGUACUGUUUUGAUCGAGCAGUACUGUUUGGAUUAGCUCCAUCUUUCAAUCAUUCCUAGUGUCCUGCAGGUCCAUGGAAGGAGGGUGCCUGUCAAAAUUGAAUAAAAAAAAACAUCACUGUCUCUCCAAAUGAGUCAUUCUGAAAUAUAUAUGUAUAUUUAAAUCAUGAAAAUUAAAUAGAAACUUGGCUUCUUUUUUCAUCAAACUAGGUAAUUCAAAUCAAACUAGACUACUUUCAUUAGCUUCUUACCAAACAAUUAUAAAAGGAUCAAGUUAUUUAAUAGUUUCUUCAUGUACCUUAUGAUAUCGCUGUACCCAUGGAAAGGUCUAUAGUCACAGGGAUGUUAUUGGAUGCAGAAAUGAAGACAAAUAUAUCUCAUAGCGUGUUCAUGAAUUUACUGAAUAAAAAAAGAAUAUGGAGUUGUCAUAUCUUG